AUGCCACUCACAACCCCCGUCUUGACGGUGGACGCGGAUAACAUUCACAAAGUGGAUACCGCAAACGCUCAAAGCCUUCACGGCAUGUGGAUGGUCUUCUCUAAAUGUGCCGAUUACAUGGACCAGGGCCGUCGUCUAGAGAACCUAAGCUGGCGAUUGUGGACUCGUGAGACCUUCUGCGUUGAGGGCAAGAACAAGGAUACAUCAGCACUCCCCAGAUUCCGUUCCGAGGCCGGUGAUCUGCCGGAGCUCUCCGCCAGUGUAGAGUCGGCUGCGUCCGACCAAGCCGAGCGCAUCGAGGCUCACAUCAAACGCCCCAAGUUUUCCGACUACCGUCCUGCUGUUGUUCGUGAAGACUCUCUCGCCAGUCUUGGCCGAGGCAAGGAGAAGCACAUCACCUCGUUGGAUCUGGAGCGCAUGGUCCUCAACAUCAAGGAGAAGAAGAACCUCGAACCCAUCACCACUGUCGAGCCCGCUGCUCCCGUUGUCGAUAUCACCCCCCGCCCAUCGACCCCCACUCCUACUCCCCCUUCCGUCUCUACUGCUAGAAACGUCCCCGUUUUCCCUCGCCCAUUCCAGGAGGCUCACGAGUCUACCGAAUCUUGCUCGACUACUGCUCCCGAGGGCAAUGAAAGUGAUAGUGCAGAACAUACCGCCUCCGAUACAAGUGUCUCGUCCUCGGGCGUCCUUCCGACCGCCUCAGAGUUGAUCAAGUCCCCCAGCAUCAUUCGGGGCUUCUCCCCCUCGAUCAUCUCUUCCUCAUAUCGGUCGCAGGCUAGACUGGCUGCGGACCCCCCGUCCCAUGCCACUACUCAACUCAAGCCUUCCGCGCUCAAGAAAAAGGGUGGUAUGUUUACAUUGGGUGGUUCAUCUGGUGACGACGAUGAAAGCUCCUUUGAGGAACGGAUGGUUGUCAAGCCAACACAGGAGAACGCGACCGGUGGAUUGCUACGACCUACGACCAGCAACCCUAGCCCCUCUAAAAAGGUUGCAUCUUUCAGCGACGAAGUCGCUUUCCGACCAAAGAGCCCCAUUCAACUCGACGAGGAUGCAAUUGAGACCGACGAUGAGGUUUCAGAGAGCGCCAUUGAAGAUGAUGAAGAUUCGGAUUGGGAGGACUCGGUUACCGAGAGCGGCAAAUCUAGCGUGGACGAGCGACCAGAGCUCUUCAAACGAGUGGAUUCACGACCUAACCUAGUCUCUCGCCGAUCGCUCCUUACCAUGAUGAUGCACCAGCCGACCAACAUGAGACAAGCGAAUGCAUUCCGAUCCAGUCCUGCCCUGCAGCGGUCCCGAUUGACAUCACCCAAUGGCCCGUCCAUUCCCGCUUCGCCCCCUACAAAGGAUGAUGAAAGCUUGACCAUGCGUGGCCCUGACGUUCCUCGGUCGAAGCCCAUCAUUAUGAAGUCUCCGCCUCCACAGUCGAUCGCUCAUUCGCCUCGCACCACUCGCCGCAACAUGCUUGCGACCGAAUUGACCGAGUCCCUUCGCAAACAUCUUUUGUGGGAGCGUCAGCAGAAGUGUGCUACUGCCAAUGCAUUCCUUAAGCGACGACACACUGCCCAUGACGUGAAGAAUCUCCAAGAGUACCCUGGGCCUAAGGGACCACACCGAACCCCAGGCGCAGGACCUUCUGUUCCCGGAGAAUCUGCCCCGGGUGAUGCCAACCAGGCUCGGGAUAAGGAUUUCGCGAAGAAUGGGUCAUGGACCAACUAUGCCACUGAUUAUGGCCCAUGGGAAUACCAUGUGAAAGGCUGGUAA